AUGGAGGGCGGCAAGCCCAGCUCCUCGCCCGGCAGCCGGGACGACGGCAGCCCCAGCGCCAACGCCUGCUUCCAGGCGAAGCCGCCCACAGACAAGGCGCCGGCGGCGGACAAGGCGCUGGGCAGCCCGGGCGCCGGCGGGAGCCUCAAGGAUCAUGGCAACUCGGUGUGCUUCAAAGUGGACGGCGGCGGUGGCGGCGGCGGCAGCGAAGAGCCCAUGGUGGGCUUCGACGACGCCGACAGCGCCCAGCGCCAGUACGGCUUCAUGCAGCGCCAGUUCACCUCCAUGCUGCAGCCCGGGGUCAACAAAUUCUCCCUCCGCAUGUUCGGCAGCCAGAAGGCGGUGGAGAAGGAGCAGGAAAGGGUUAAAACUGCAGGCUUCUGGAUCAUCCACCCGUACAGCGACUUCAGGUUUUACUGGGACUUAAUAAUGCUUAUAAUGAUGGUUGGAAAUCUUGUCAUCAUACCUGUUGGAAUCACAUUCUUCACAGAGCAGACAACAACACCAUGGAUUAUUUUCAAUGUAGCAUCAGAUACUGUGUUUCUGUUCGACCUGAUCAUGAACUUUAGAACUGGCACUGUUAAUGAGGACAGUUCUGAGAUAAUACUGGACCCCAAAGUCAUCAAGAUGAAUUAUCUAAAGAGCUGGUUCGUGGUUGACUUCAUCUCAUCAAUACCAGUGGAUUAUAUCUUUCUCAUUGUAGAAAAAGGAAUGGAUUCAGAAGUCUACAAGACAGCUAGAGCUCUUCGCAUUGUGAGGUUCACAAAAAUCCUCAGUCUGUUGCGUUUAUUACGACUUUCAAGAUUAAUAAGAUACAUUCACCAGUGGGAAGAGAUUUUCCACAUGACAUAUGAUCUAGCGAGUGCUGUGGUGCGAAUCUUCAACCUGAUUGGUAUGAUGCUACUGCUUUGCCACUGGGAUGGUUGCCUUCAGUUCUUGGUACCAUUGCUUCAGGAUUUCCCGCAAGAUUGCUGGGUGUCCCUAAAUGGUAUGGUUAAUGAUUCUUGGGGAAAGCAAUACUCGUAUGCGCUCUUCAAAGCCAUGAGCCACAUGCUUUGCAUUGGGUACGGAGCCAGGGCCCCUGUCAGCAUGUCGGAUCUCUGGAUAACCAUGUUGAGUAUGAUUGUGGGGGCCACCUGUUAUGCCAUGUUUGUGGGUCAUGCCACAGCCCUGAUUCAGUCUUUGGAUUCAUCACGGCGUCAAUAUCAAGAGAAGUACAAACAAGUGGAACAGUACAUGUCAUUUCAUAAACUACCAGCCGAUAUGCGUCAGAAGAUACAUGAUUAUUAUGAGCACCGCUACCAAGGCAAGAUCUUCGAUGAGGAGAGCAUUCUCAAUGAGCUCAACGACCCACUUAGGGAGGAGAUUGUCAACUUUAACUGCCGCAAGCUGGUUGCCACAAUGCCUCUCUUCGCUAAUGCUGACCCAAAUUUUGUAACAGCCAUGCUGAGCAAGCUACGAUUUGAGGUGUUCCAGCCUGGAGAUUACAUCAUCCGAGAAGGGGCUGUGGGGAAAAAGAUGUAUUUCAUUCAACAUGGGGUCGCUGGUGUUAUCACUAAAUCCAGUAAAGAGAUGAAGUUGACAGAUGGCUCCUACUUUGGAGAGAUCUGCCUUCUGACCAAAGGCCGCCGCACUGCCAGUGUGAGAGCUGACACGUAUUGCCGGCUGUAUUCCCUCUCUGUGGACAACUUCAAUGAGGUUCUGGAGGAGUACCCCAUGAUGAGAAGAGCAUUUGAAACAGUAGCCAUCGACAGGCUGGAUAGGAUAGGAAAGAAGAAUUCGCUUCUGCUCCAGAAAUUCCAGAAAGAUCUCAAUACUGGAGUUUUCAAUAACCAGGAGAGCGAAAUUUUGAAACAGAUAGUGAAACACGACCGAGAGAUGGUGCAGACUGUGGCGGUGGCAAAUUUGCAGCAAAUGCCAGCGCUGAAUUCUAGCCCUCCCACCACAGUCUCAACGACGCAGUUCAGGACGCAGUCCCCGCCCGUGUACUCUGUGACCAGCCUCUCCCACGGGAGCCUGAAUUCUCCGACGCCGAGCACACAGACCCCUCAGCAAGCCGCCGUUUUCUCGCCCUGCGCCUACCCUUCUGCUGUCUGUAGCCCUCCGGUUCAAAGCCCUCUCGCCGGCCGAACUUUUCAGUAUGCAACGCCUACAGCCUCCCAGUUGUCACUGCUGCAACAGCAGCAGCAGCAACAGCAGCCCCAACAGCCACAGCAGAUGCCUAGCGCAGCAUCACAGAAGAGUGAUGUCCACAAGAGCACACAAGCUCUUCACAAUACUAGUCUGACGAGAGAGGUGAGGCCUCUCUCUGCCUCUCAGCCUUCCUUGCCCCAUGAGGUUUCCACUAUGAUUUCAAGACCUCAUCCGACAGUGGGAGAGUCUUUAGCCUCCAUUCCACAGCCGGUGUCCGGUUUCCAAAGCACAGGCAUCCAGGCUGGCAGCAAAACCACGGUCCCCCAAAGGGUCGCCCUCUUCCGACAGAUGUCUUCGGGAGCAAUUCCACCGACCCGAGGGGCCGCGCCGACAGCAGCAACGUUGCAAAGGGAUUCUUCCACAGUCUUAAACACUGAACUAGAGGGAGAUAAACCACGGUUUGCUUCAAACUUAUGAUUCAUGCAGACUAUAAAUAAAACAAAGGCAUGGACAUAAACUGAGAUAACUCCCAGGAACACUGUUUUAACCUACUUUUGGAUAGAUCCCAGCUGACUACUAUGGAAAAGGAAAACUUUAGACAAACUUAACCCUUGAUAUCGAAUGUACAAUAUACAGAGAGACAUAUAGACAGAAGAAAAAAGAAAAAUCGAAAUGGCCUCUCAUGUCUUCCUUUCCUAUAAUUGGUUAAUGAGUCUAAAAAGUGUGGGUUGUAAUAUUGUUUAUCUUUAGCCUGGUUAAAAAUGUGGAGAAAUUCCUGAUCUGAUUCUGUGGUUAAAAAAAGAAAGAAAGAAAAGAAAGAAAAGAAA